GCGUGUUGUUUUGAGCAAAAUGGCGUUGGACGUUAUUUAUUGUUUAUGUGGGCAAUCUACAGAUUUGUCCCGUUUUAUGAUACAAUGUGAUAUUUGUAAAGACUGGUUUCACGGAAGAUGCGUUGGAGUACGAGAAUAUCAGGCCGUAGAUAUCGACAGAUUUCACUGUCCACGUUGUGAAGCAUAUAAUGGGCCAUCUGUUUUAAAAGCACGUCUAAAUUGGCAUCGGCACGAUUACUCUGAGGCAGAUGCUGCCACCAAACCAGUCCAGACAGGCACGCAGGUUUUUAUCAAAGAACUCAAAACUAGACAUUUCCCAAGUUCUGAAGAUGUGGUUAUUAGACUCAGAGGACAACAGCUUACACUGCCAUAUAUUAUUGCAAAUGGGUUUCACAAACCCAUUUUGGUUGAAGAUACAAAUGGGCUUGAACUUAUCGUGCCCCACGACUCCUUUAAUGUCCUUGAUGUUGAGAAUUAUGUCGGCUCAGAACAUGAAGUGGAUGUUAUUGAUGUACAGAGACAAACUGAUGUCAAGAUGCAAUUACAUGAAUUCAUUGAGUAUUUUUUAAGUCCCGCCAGAACGACAGUCCUUAAUCUCAUCAGCCUCGAGUUUUCAAACACCAGUCUUAGUCAACUAGUGGAGCCGCCAUAUAUUGUUCGUAAAUUGUGUUGGGUGACCAGCUCGUGGCCAACGGAUCCUCCACCUGGUCCACCUCUUUCUCGCCCUAAUGUCUCAAAAUAUGCUCUAAUAGGUGUAGAGAACUCUUACACAGACUUUCACAUAGACUUUGGGGGCACAUCUGUUUGGUAUCAUGUACUGUGGGGAGAAAAAGUUUUUUACUUAAUCGAGCCAACGCCUGCCAAUCUCUCUCUGUAUCAGAGAUGGAUGAAAGCUAACAACCAGUCUGAAAUGUUUUUUGGUGAUCAAGUUGAUACCUGUUAUCGAUGUGUGGUGCAUGCUGGUGAAACGAUGUUCAUCCCAACUGGCUGGAUUCACGCAGUGCUUACACCUACAGAUACGCUGGUGUUUGGCGGUAAUUUCCUUCAUUCUCACAGCAUUGAACUUGAGCUUCAGAUAUAUGAAUUAGAAAAACAAAUCAAUGCCCCUGAGAAAUUUAGAUUUCCACACUAUGAAUCAGUGUGCUGGUAUGCUGGCUCCAGAUUGAUGAUGGAAUUGAGGGAUAUGGGUGCAGCUGGAACCAGAGUCCCACCAAUUAUGAUAGCUGGUGCUCGUGCUCUCACAGCGGCUCUCAGACAAUGGGGAGGCGAGAAUGGUAGAGGUGGACUUGAGGCAGUUCCUCCAGGUAUUCAUCCAUUAAAACUAUUCAAAGAUCUACAAAGAGAAAUUCGGUGUGCUGAGAAACAGGUGAUUGCUCUAAACCCUCCUAAACCUGAGCGCGAGUCCAAACGAAGAAAAAAGAAAGUGCUAGCUGAUGAUUUCAUUGACUAUACUAACCUGACCAGCUUUAAUAAUGUCCUGGAGGAAAGGUUGCCUGAUAGAAAGGUCAAAGUUCUCAAAGUCAACUCACCUCAGGUGGAAAUUGGAAGUAGAGAUAUUACUAACAUAACAGAUGACCAACAGCGUACACUUAAACUAACUCUUCCUAAGACAGCAACCUACCCAUACGGUCUCAGUUUUACAUCCUCUGACUAUGGAAUGAGCGGAACUCCACCUCAUGACCCCGAGUAUCCUCAGUUCAAGAAUGAAUAUCCAAGUAAUGUUAAAACUGAGUAUGACUGGUCAGAUAGUCCUGGCAUUAAUCCCUACAAGUUGGUAGAUCCAGGUGGCAUGCGAAUGAAAUUUGGACGCACUGGCAGCACUGACUCCGAUGUCUCCACAACACCAGCAUCUGCGAACACAGUCAGAGUUAAACUCGAGAACCAGGACCCACACCUCAUGAACUUCAAAGAUGCUAAUCUCCUCAACCAAAAUGAAAACAACAUUAGGAGACAAUGUAUAGAGUCUGCUGCCAUCAAACAAUUCAACACCAUCCAACAGGCUGAAGGAAAAUUCAACAUUACUAGCCCUCUCGCUAAAUUAAUGCUUCAUAAACAUAAAUUAGCUGAUAAUGCUGAAAUAAAGACACACAAUGAAUCUGUAUACGACUUCCACGAAGAUGGUGACAGUGAUGAGCGUGAGCCUUCUGGUCUCAUGAUAGACGAAAAUCCACGUCGGAAAGGAGCUCGUAUCCAACCCCAAGAGCCUUUGAAGAUCAAGCUUAGUUUGACUGCGGCAGAUGUAGUAUGUGGCGAGACGGUGGAUGUGGCAGAAGAAGUGGAAGUAGCUCCAUCACACAACACGGCUCACAACGGUAUUGAUGAACUUCUCAGAGCAUCUGCGUAUGCUCCAGACUUCAAUGAGGAUUCUCCUGCACGUAUGGAUGACUUGGAUAGUGAGAGUGGUCGAGCAUCACCCUCUACGAGAGAAGCCAUUGCAGGGAUGCUGAGUAUGAGCCGUGUUGUUCCGAGUGGACGCACGCCUUCCAGAAAGUUAAGUUCAGCCAAUUCUCGCCAGCCCAAACCUAGACGGCGAUAUGAUGAUGAUGAGAACAUGAGUAAAGUGCAUCAAGAUGAAGACUAUGUGUAUCCAACCCUUGAUAUAUCUGAUGAUGAAGACUUUCCUGUAUUCAAACCUCGGGGAAAAAAAAAAGAAGACGAAGCUUGGAAUCCCAAAGCCCGAGUGCGGGUUCAAGGUCCACGGCCUGAGCGUCCCAUGAGGCAAGGAGUUCGAAGACAGGCAGUAGAAAAGGGACUGGAGCAAGCUGCAGCAAGAAGACAAAACUUACCAGCUGCCAAGAGAGCAUAUCACCGGAAAAAGCAGCGGAGCUUAGAGUCUCAACCAAGCACCUCCUCAGGGGUUGCUGGUCUGAAGGGAAUGAGUAAACUUUCGAACAAACCCAGAAAGGGCAUGGCUACAGCGAAGCAGCGUUUAGGAAAAAUUCUGAAAAUUCAUAAGAUGCUUCACUAGUUGGUUCAUGACGUACCACAGCAGCUAGUCUGAUGAAACACAUCAGUCCAAGGCAAGGCUGUUUGCUUUUCUGGCUCUCUCCAGUCUGCUAGUUAUGCAGCAGCUGCGUGUUCUUGGGACAAUACCCUGAUUAUAUCUUAUUCUAGAUGACUUUUGUUAAAUAUUUUUAUAUUAUUUCUAUUCAAAGUCCAAUUUUAAAAGUAUUGUACACUGGUUAAAUGAUUGUUUAUACUGAAUAAUUUUCCAUAAGGUCCAAAGGUAUUUGUGAGAGCCUCAUUGUUAUGAUGUACGGCUUCUUUGUGAGGGUGGAAGUGUGCAGAGUCAGUUGUGCUCCACCCUGCUUGUUUCACUUGUCAUUGUCACCUCUAAAAAUAACUUCAAAUCUGUAAUGUAUUCAAGAUAAGCAGAAAAGCAGGCAAAUGGUCUAAAUGGCUAAGAUUUUUGUAGUGUUAUUCCACUGUUUAAUCACUUAUUUUAUAUUUGAAAAAAAAAAAAAUCAAUUUUUUAUAGAUCAGCAGUGUUGAACAUUAAAAAAUCAAAAUAUAAACACUGAAAUUUAUUAUAUAUCGGACAGUCUUUCAUACUAAUUCUACCGAUUUCCACUUCAUGUGAGGAUCUUCUAAUUACACAAUAAUAUUUUAUCAGAUUAUUUAUUUUAAAAUACAAAGUAUGAAAUAUCUCGGACGUUAAGUAAACAGACUGUAGAAUGUUUAGUAUCCUGUUGUUCCUAAUGAGCAAAGUCAAAAGAGGUGAGACCUCAUUACAUUAGGUAAAGUUACAUUAGCCUUCAUCACUCUUGGUGGUAGUCAGUGAGGAGUUUCCUAUAGAAAGGUUAGGUUAUAUUUGUGUAGUUUAUGCAGCUCUGUUUCAGGUUUAGAGUUGAGAAAAUGGUCAUACAUAGCUUCUCAAAUUAGAGGGUGGGUAGUAAAAUUAAUGACUUUUAUUAUAGAAAAAUUAAAAUGCUUCGUGUUAAAUGUAGGAAAUUCUGAACCUUUUGAACAAUGAUAUUAAUAGGAAUGAUUAACAUUUUUUAUUUCGUAUUUUUUACAUAAUUUGUUAGCCGAUAUGCUGUUAUUUAGAAAAUCAUUUUCUAAUAUGUUGGAUAAUAUGAAGGGGCAAGUCAAAGCUAACAAUUUAUAUUCGGACAUUUUAACAAGAAGAUAUGAAAUAAUUUUCAGUUUUUAUUGAAAAAUAUUUAUCACAUAUCCAUUAUAAUAUUCUUUUGAACAUAAAGAAUUUAAAUAUGUAAACAUGCCUUCAAUAUUUGUAAUAAUACAGUAUUUUAUGAGAAUGGGAGUGAAAAAGAUCUCAAUAAGAUUAAAAUGAUACAAAAAUUAUCCUUAAGAUCAAUUGGCAGAUGAGUGAAUACUAGGUUGCAACAUUUUUGAAGACCUUUACCAUCUUUUGAAAAAUGUAUAACUAUUUUCACCAAGAAAUGGUUGCAGUUAUGCAGCAUAAGCACAAAGAGGAAGAAUGGUAAUGGCAAAAGAUGAAUGAAGGUAAUUAUAUAAUGAUUAGGUGGCAGUCCAUGGCAACUUAAAUGUUCAUAUUGGUGAAUAAUGUUAUGAUGUUGAAUGUGCCAGGGGAAUGCUCUGUUCUGCACGAUGAUAAUCAUUGGGCCAGGGGAAUGCUCCGUCCUGCAUGAUGGUAAUCAUUGGGCCAGGGAAAUGCUCCGUCCUACAUGAUGUAUUCAUUGUAUUGCAUGGACACUGUCCUACAUGUAAUCUCCUAUAAAUAGACAACAUUUGUUACAGUAAACAAUGUUUUGAAUAUGGCCCAACAAAUAGGUCGCAUACAAGAUAGAGAAAUUUGAGGCAAUUGAUUUGUGAGUGACUGCUAAAAGCAUGAAAGCAUGCAUUUUUUAGUUACAUUCAAUGUGUUUUAAUAUGAACUUACCUUACACACUUAUUUUUACUGUUAUGGACAUCAUUAAGUAAUCAAACCACUCAUUAUCUAUCAAUAAUAUCAUCUAUAAUUCUAACCAUAUAUAUUUCCCAAGCGAUCAGUUAAAACUCACCAAUGAGAAAUAUAGACAGCUAUUGCAUGUAAAGUGUGUUUGACAUGUAGUGCUGUGUAUGGAUCAGAAUGCUACCCAUUUGAUGCAAGCAAUACAGUGUCACUCCAAAUUGAUCUGCAGCAAGAAAUGGAUCAAAAGUUUAAUUAAAACAAGCAGGUUAGUUUUAUUCCUGAAUUUUAAUGUUUAUAUUUUGUGUGUGUUAGAUGACUGAAGCAUACUGUAUUUCAUUACUUUAUACAUAAGUUAAUUUUACCAAACACAAUGUGGAUUUUUCAUACAUUACCAAUCAAUUUAUUAUACAGUAUACUAUACAGGUUUAGUUCAGUUAGUCUACUGUAUCUGAAUUAGGUUCGUUGUAGUGGUAUGAGUGAGACCCUAUUCCCCAGUUGUCAAGAUCUAGCACAAGCAUCCCUACAGUAAACGGUGAUAAGACCCCCAUGGAAUCCUGUCUUUUCUGAAAUGUGAUAGAUGCCUCUAAACAAAUAUGGUAAAUUGCCUCUUUAAUGUAGAAGCAAUUUUUAUGACCACCAAGUUGGCUUUUCUAAUGUCCAGGGUUAAACAGCUGGUAAGUCAGCAAUAGUAUGUGAUCAAAAGAGCCAUGUGUUCACCUAUUGUAGCAACCAAAACAUUACCUUAGUAGAGGGAGCAAAAUAAAAUAAAGGUUUAUAAAGAGGAGAUAAAUUAUGAGAGGUACAUGGAUGUGAUGAAAUAUACAGGUACAUGAAUGUUAUGUAGUGUUGUGCUUUCUUCAACAUCUGCACAUGCAAUUGAAGUACAAAUCAUUAUUAUUAUUAUUACGUAUUGAGAAAAUACAUAAUAGCCGUGAUGAGGAUUCGAACCUAUGCGGUGGGUAGUCCCGUUGAUGCAGUCACAUUAGUGGGAUUACUCUGUGUAUUAUUAUUCUUAUUAUUAUUAUUAUUAUUAUUAUUAUUUAUUUAUUUAUUUUUAUUUAUUAUUCAUUAUUAUAUAUUUUGUUUUCCUAGCAAUGAAAGUAACUAUAUUCACUAUUUAUGCAGUUUAGAUACCAAACACUAUAAACAAGAAGCUGUGUUUGUGUAAAAUGUGUAUAUAUAUAAAAAAAUUAAUAAGCAAAUGGACUCGAUGUGGAUAAUAAGCAGUUUAAAUUCCAAUCCCCAUCCAUGGUUUUUGUGUUGGUGGUUUGGGUGGAAAGAUGGUGCUCGGUGAACCUCGUGAAAUACACUACCCAGGUACUGAUGGAAUGGAAAUGUGACCUUCGUUUAUUUUUGUCAAGAUUGCCAUACUCUCUUGUCCAUUAUUAUUUCCAGUCGUUCUUGUUCAUACUGUUGUGCUGUGGAUGCUAUUUAGUCUUGAAGGAAGUUGAGGAAGCUUGAUGUAAUAAUGAGUGGUGUGUGUAUUAAACUUAACGAUUCAGAUUAAUCACGGAAUACCAGUCACGUCGCUAAACAAUCAUACUAGUGUACUCUACUAUAAUAAAUGGCUGAAUAAAUAGUUUCUCCUAAAUUAUUUCAUUAAAUAGGAUGUUUUUAUGUUGCAAAUUUAUUUGUGAAAAUACAUUUUAAUUUAAAUUGGCUCAUAAAACUAGAUUAAUGUUGACAAUAAACAUUUUUUUUGUUUUUUAAUUUAAGCAACCUUGUCUCUCAAGGUAAUGUACAUAUAUACAUAUUAUUUGAGAGGAUACAUUCUCUCAGUGUAAAUUGUACAUAAAACUUAGUUUAUAACAUCUGUGAAAUUUAAAAUUAAGCGUACAGAGCAGAAUUAUGCAUAUAUAUUUAUAUACUGUAUGUUUAUAUAUAUAUAAAAAUACAUAUAAAAAUAACAGUAUAUGAAUUAUAUGAAAAUUGACAAAAGUGUAAGCUGCAUCAGAUUUGAUGGUGAGAGGAUCAAGUGGUGACUAUCAAGUGGGUUAAUAAUGCAUGUUGCAUGUUGUGAUGCCUGGUGCCAUCCACACCCUGUCUGGCCAUACGUGUGUGUGCCGGCUCUUAUCACUUGCAUACCUUCGAAUUUUGAGUCUUGGCAACUAAACUCAAAUUUUCAUACGUUCUCCCUCAUUCUAUAUCUUUAUGUAAUUUUUCUCUUAUGUUGGAUAGUUUUAUGUCAAUAAUAGCCAUGCAGUGGCACAAGUUAGAUUUCUUAUGAAGGUUUCUUAGCAUAAAUUUCCUAAAGGGUUGACUUAAGACUUCAAAAUUUUCAGUUAUGUAAUAAAUGUAAACUGUUGUAUACAGAGGAUCUCAAGAUUGUGUACAUACUUCAAGUAAAUUUGUAAUGUAAAUUAUUUUGUUUUGUAAAAAUGCUAAUAUUUUGCUACAGUAGUGAGGCCUGAGAAGCAGGGCUAGGCAUAUAAUUUAUCCAUGACUUCUCUGUUUUUCUUAUCCUUCCCAUUCUCAUACAAAUGAUAUCCAACCUUAGAUAAGACACAUGCUACUGGGAUAGUAGAUAGUAAGAAAAUACUGUAUAGAUUUCCUAUCUGAAAGGUAUUCCAUCCAUACAAUUUACUCAUGAUAAAAAAAAAGAGCCCAAAUACUUUUUAUUUAACAGUAAAUAAUACAGAAAUCAAUAUUAAAUGUGAUAAUAGAUUAUUUGGCUUGGUAGCAAUAUAAUAUGGAUAGAUGCAUGAAGAACGAGGUGACAGAUCAAGUAUUGGCGAUGGAAUGUUUGUCAAGGUGCAUUGUCACUUCAUCUUCCUCUCUUCUAUAAUUUUUUAUUACAUGUUUACAUAAAUCAAGUUUUUGUUACAUAUUUUUAGUAUUAGGACUUAUAACUUCAGCUCUCCUGUCCAUAUCCCAUAUUUUCACAUUCACUUAAUGUGGGUUUUUGUAACCUUCAAUUACUGUUGUGACAAACUUGAUCACUUGUGUUGGUAGAGCAGACAGAGUGUGACCCCAUGAAAAUAUUAUCGUGGAAGAAGAUACCAGGUGGGUACACAGCAUGGUCGAGAGUGGCAUAGAACCUGUGAUUGAUGUAAGCACGAUGGUCGAUAGUGGUAUAGAAUCUGGGGCUGAUGUAUGCAGCAUGUUUGAAAGUGGUAUAGAAUCUGGGGUCGAGGUAUGAAGCAUGGAUGAGAACGGCAUAGAACCUGGGUUCAUUACACAGCAUGGUGGGGGGGGGGGAGAUGGUACUUUGGGCACAUUGCACAUCACAUAUUCAGUAUAUAGAACAAGUCUAGUACCGGUUAAUUAUAGUUUGUAAACUGAGUUAAGUUAAUCAGCUCUUCAUCGAGAAUAACCUUUAAAAUGUUAUUCGCAAUCAUUUAAUCAUUUCUCGAAAUUUUAAUUUUAAUUCUAAGUGUAAAUGUGCCCAUAACAAGUGUUAACUGUGAUAGAUAAGAGUGAAAAGAUAAUGGGUCAUAUGAGAUUUAUUUAAACAUUUUGUAGGCACUAUUCAAGAACAGUGCUCCAUUGAGCAUAACUUUGGAGAAAUUGGUAUGAAGAAAACAAUAAGUAGUAAGCAAUUGCUUAGGAAUGUACCUACAUAGUCUCCCAGGCUGGCGCUUUUUUUUUUUUUUUUUUUUUUUUUACAGUAUUUAUUAAUUACCUGCUUAGGAAUGUAUGCAGAACAUCAAUUUGGAGUUUAUGGCUGUUUAUUUUUUUUUUUUCUUAUCGACUUUGGAGAUCAGUUUAUCAGAUUUCUUAAACGUACAGUACAGUACAGUAUAUGUAAGUGAAUAUCAAUAUUUCUUUCUUUUUAUACUUUGGUCAGUAUUUUACUAACCCUUUAUUUAAUAUUUGUCUUUUUAAUCUGUACUGUAUUUGUCACAUUUUAAAAAGUUUUAGCAACACAUUUUAGGAAUUCACAGUAUUUCUGAAGCAAAUCUGCAAAGCAUAUACCAUGUCAUAUAAUAAUGUCCAGAGCUGGUUGUACAUGUUAUGUUUUCAUUAUUCAAUAUACCAUACAAAAGGAUAAAAAUGGGGGCGAUAAGUAGCCACCUUUACCUCGCAUCAUAUUUUCUAUUCAUUAUUUUCUUGUACACUGUCAUAAGUGGAAAAAUUGGUUUAUAGCCUCUGCUUGUUAAUUAACAUGAUAUUUUAUCAUUCAUUAUGGGUAUGUACAUUUUUGGAAAUGUGAUUAACUGUAACUACCAUUUACUAGAGUUAGCUGCUGCUGACUGUGUUUGUCCCACCAUCACAAAGGUAUCAAGGUGGAAGUCAUGGCAGUGAAUGUUAUACAAUUUUGGAUGAGUUUUGAAGGAAGAGUAAUCAUCAUGCAAUAUCUUCCCUGUUAAUAAUCCCUUAAUUUAUGUGUAACUAUUAUUUGGUUUGAUGUGUACAUAGGAUUAAAUGUUAUAUCUUCAUUAGAUAGUAAGUUACCAAUAUUUUAGCCACUGCUUGAAAAAUUAAUACAUUGCUAAAAUUCCAAGACAUUUGUAUAAUUUGCAUAAAUGUGACAUGCAAGUUUGUGCAGAUUUGUGGCUCAAGUAUUGUGUGAGUGUUGGGUUGGCCCUUGAGUGCUGGGUUAGCCUUUGACUGUAGAUAUGCAAGCUACAGGUUCCAUGGUACAAAAUGUGCCACGACCAGCUAUUUUGGGUGAUCCUUAAGCAGAGCUCAUUUAUCCUGUGCUGCAGAUGGUUAAACGAUGCUCAUAAUGCUGCAAGUUUUUCUCACCAUAGUUGCUCCUGUCACAAAAUUCUGUCAUGCAGUUGACUAAUAUGUAACUUUUUUAGAAUGCAGUUUAUGUAUUAGAAUGCCCUUUUUUUUUUAAUGUAUUCAUUGAGUAUGAUAUUCCUUAGUUGUUUUAGUCUUUAGUUGUUUCUUGUUGUAUUGUUAUACAGGUUGUCUGUAGAGGAUGAUAAUGUUCUAUACUGUCAUUUUCCCUGUGUGUAUAAGCUGUUAAAUUUUAUGUUGUAUGUGAGAAGCGUUUCAUCGUGUAUACCUGGCUGUCCCAAAAUCAUCACCAGAUACAUGUGCCAAUUCAUUAAUUUUCCAGGCCAAACCUAUUUAAAACCUUUUGGAUUGAGUAUGUGAAACUUUGAGGUUUCUUCUGUUUGAAAGUGACAUGUGGCUAUUUUCCGGACCAUCACCAAUAAUAAUUUUAAAAAUUAUUUUAAAUUUUGAGCUAAGCUCGGUCUGUCUUUUUAUAAUUAUAUUUUUCAAACAGACUGUUUAUAUAUUGACCCUCAACUGGUAAUACAGGAGUAUUCAAAAUUAUCACUUAAAAAUUUUGGAACUUCCAAAAUCAAAAGCAAUUUCCAAAUACUGUACAGUAUUAAAAUAAUAAGUUGCAAAAUUUACUAAAACUAUAAAAUCUAUAUACAGUACAGUAAUUGCAAGUGUCGCAAAUUUGUAGUGUGGCUUGAGAGGAGGGCCACAUUUGUGGCUAGCCAUUUUUUCUCUCCCAGGGUUGAUGCUAAUAUGACCAGAGCCUUUUUAUCAUAAUAUAUUUCCAAAAUAUAUGAGAAAUUAUUGUUCAGUGAUAACCACAACAGUACAAAUAUUGCAAAGCACAAGUGCAUGUGUUGAUUACAGUACUGUAACUUUUUGAGAAAACUGAUAUACACUAUAUCUGAUAUAAAAAGCUGAUAUAAAACUACACCCAAGUGUAGUUACAGGAUGAGAGUUACACUCGGGGUGUCCCAUCUUCCCAUUAUUCUGUCAUAUGAUGCUUUGAAACUACUAAUGGUUUUCACCUUCGCCACCACCUCAUUUAAUUGUAUUCACCUUAUUGUGCAUGCCGUGGUUAAGGUCUGCUCUUUCGGCCCGCCUCUCAACAGUCAAUUGUUUUUGUUACUAACUACUAAUUCUACACUCUUCCCCCUUCCCAAACACACUCCUUCCCAGGAAGCAGCCCGUAACAGCUGUUUAACUCCCAGAUACCUAUUUACUGCAAGGUGACAGGGGCAUCAGGGUGAAAGAAACUGCCCAUUUUGUUUCUCGACGGCGCCGGGAAUCGAACCCAGGUCCACAGAAUUGUGUGUCCAGCGUGCUGUCCAUUCAGCCACCAGCGCCCCUAUAAUCUGCAUCUGCACUAUGUGCAGAUCAAGGAGCUGUUAGGAGCAUGGUGUGUGUGUGUAUAUCCAUUUUAAUAGGUUGUUAGGAACAUGACAAAUACUAUUACAAAAAUGUUGCCAAGUGGAUUAAUGUGCAUGUUGACAAAUUUAUUACCAUGAUAGGUUGCUUAUGAGUGGUUCCAGCAGUGUCUUAGUGAAGGAGUUCUUCUGUUAUGCUGCUGAUGGAAAGGGUCAGUUCAUGAUCAUUUACAUAUUUGUGAACCCUGCACAUAUUUAUCAUAACAUUCAUUAUUUGAAAGUCUUUGGUGAAAAACUGAUACUUGGAUGGAAGGUACUACUUGUGAAAUCGAUCUCCGUGCUCUUACCUUAGUCUCACUUAUCUAGGCAUUGAGAGACACAAAUUUGGUUAAUAAAUAAUAGUGAUUAAACUUUUUUAGUUACUGGUAAUAAAUAUAAAGUGUGGGUAGAUAAAAGGAUAUUUGAUAAAGCUAUGGCACAUGUUAUAAAGGACAUGCAGAGAGGAAGAGGAGAGUAAGCUUAUACAGAUUACCAGCACUGUACAGUAUUAUGAUUACAACAGUCACUAGUGUUUGUAUCUCUCUCUCCCCCUUAGUCUUAGUUAAGUCACUGCACCAUUAUCAUUCAUACUAUUGUGUUAUGUUCUUUAGCUGUUAGAUUUCUGAGAGGUUACUUGAGUUCUGUUGGAGCUGAGAGGGAACAACUGCUAGCUACCUUAAUUUCACCACUAUGCACAUUAUUGAGCAAGCACCUGUAAGUACUCAUCAGUUUGUAUUUGAAAAGACAUAACAAUACUGUAUUUCUUCAUUUUUUCUUUAUAGUGGAGUGACGCUAAAUAGCAUUAAAAAUGUACUGGACACCUGCUGCCUCAAAAGAACGUUUGUAAUUUUUCACUGUUUUAUGCCCAACAUUUUUCUUUUUAUUAGUGCAAAAUAUAUAUCAAGAUCUUGAGUGUAAGGUAUACAGCAUUUUAUUCCACACUAUCACUUUGGAAAAGGUAAAUUUGUUAAUAAUUUCUUGAUUUUUUACCUAUUUUUGGGCACUAAAUUCUGAUAUAGUGAAUGUGUUUACUCACUCCAUCAAAAAUCUUUUAUUACUUUUCCAUUGCAACUAACUGGAACAAUUUUAUUACAGUACUGUACUUUAACAGAUCCAUCUGUUGAAUCCAGAUUUCUUGCAUACUGGGUUUGAUUUUAUCUUCUCCCAACUGGUUAUUAUUGUCAAUAUCUCAAGAAUGCUUUAUCAUAUUUGCUCGAGAUAUUAAUUACAUUACAUAAGUUUAAUAAAAAAAUUAUGGCUACUAUUAAAAUUAAGCAAUGUUGCUCUAUAGCAACUGGACAUGUGAAUCAUCAGAAAUAUUGCAUUCUUUCUUUGCCUACAAGUCGUAUAUUCCUCGAUAAAAUCCUUGGUGAAUCUGACUCCCUUGACGUCACCCUUUUUGUGUUUUUGCUCUUAUAUUGACAUCCUGAAUGAUAUGUUGAACCUCUUGAAUGUUCUGUGACAGGGCUAUAUAACUUUUUAGAGUUGUAGGUUUUGUAUUAUUAUUGUCGUCAUUUAUCUGCAUCUUUUUAUUACAUAUAUCUUUGAUGACUAUUCAUUUUUUUUUUUUUUUUUGAGUGGUUGUAUUGUAGAUGGGCCUCUGGGCCUCUGCAGUCCAUCUAUUCUCUGCCAUAUAGGCCCCCCCUGUGGUGACUGCUUUUCCAAAUUGGACGGUCCUGAGCAGUCGAUUUCCAAGUAUUGGGGAUGAUGUCCAGGUCUUUAAGGGUCACCUUGAGGCAGUCCUUGAAUAAUUUAUUCUGCCCCCAAACUGAACGCAUGCUCAGACAUACAGUAAUUCCCUGACUAUGUGGAUAAAUGCUGUUUAAUAGACAUGCAUACUGUAUUGUAGUGAAAAUGUCCAAUUAGGACAAGCUUGUGUGAUGAAAUUAUAAGGAAUCUUAAUUAAAUCAAAGGUCUGUGAAGGAUAAUAAUGAAGGGGAUUUUUAGCUAAAAAUUCAUGUAAAUGCUGGUGAGUUUUUCUUUUAUUUUUUUACCUGGGUAAAUACAGGAGCAGAUUACUUCUGACUCAUGUUGGCAGGCUUUGCAUUCUCCCUUCCAAUCCCUCAUCUUGAGCCUUACCCAACUAGUUUUUCCUGAAACAUAAUAUGCCAGUAGGUUUAUAACUAGUUCCCCAAUUACUGCUGGUUGAACAGGGGUGAAUGGUUUAGGAUUAGUUCCCAGUCUACCCUCUAUCCAGUGCUUGAACCCAGCCGAAAUCACUCGUGAGCAUGCUACCACUUCACCAGUUACAUGGACUGCGAAAUGCUAAACAAAAUUUAUACAUGUAAGGCCGACCGAAAUUGGAAUUGCAACUUAAUAUGGUGUUUGUGCCUAAUGAAAGCCACUGGCAAAAUUUUGAAUGUCCCAAGACUGCAGAAAAAUGGAUUUUAAAAUCAAGCACAGUAUUAUGAACUAAGAAAAAUGAAGGAAAGAAAUGACCACCCAGGAAGACAAUAAAAAAAGAGAUUUAAUUUGAUACAGUAUUGUAUAAAAAAGUUUAAUGUAAAUUUACAAAAGGAAAAGGGUUUGCAUGAGCUAGCAAUAGGAACACAAGGUCACGAUUUAAGAGGACAGAAAAACCAUACAUUAUAUACUGAAGACAGUUGGAAGUGUUUCUUUACAAUUAGAGUUGUAGAUGGUGGGAGUGAGUAUUACAGUAAAUACAAUAAGCACUGGAAAUCAUUCCCUUGUGAAAGGAGCUCAACCUGCAUUCCUUCAAGAGGCAGAGGGCUAGGGAAGUUAUAAGGAAUAGAUCAGAUAAGGGAUAGUAGCUGCACCAAAUACUUAGAAGCAAAGAGGUAGGUCUAAGAAGUGAAUCUCCCAACCUGUAAACCAAACUUGGAUAAUUAUGUGAAUACGGGAUAUAGUAUUUGGAUGCAUGAUUGGCACGUGGCAGUCUCGAUAAAAGAGAAGCCAGGAUGGAGAGAACAAAAGUAGGCUUUCGAAAAGUCAAACUUUAAAUCUAUACAUGGAAGGGGCAUAAAUGGAGAAACAAUCCCUUAGGCUGGGGUUUGUGCAGGUAUUAAACAAAGGAGAACAGAGAUUUAGAUUACAAAAAUUUGCAGGAAGACAUUGACAAGCUGAAUGACUUAUCCAGCUGGUGGGAACUAAAUCUCAUCCAAGACAAAUGUAAGGUAAUAUGGAUGAGAACAGAGAAAAAACUUUGAUUAAAAAAAAACAUAUCACGAUGAGUUCUGGCUGAAGCACACCAGCAGAAUGUGUAAAUAUGGAAGAUGCAAGAAUAACACACAAAUUUCAAUAAAUUCUUCGGAAUAUUGUACAUUCAUGUGUAAGCCCAAAUUUUGAAUAUGCAGCAAAUGCAUGGAACAUUCACCUUAAGCACAAACAAAAAUAGAUAAAUUAAAGUGAUUUACUACCAGACUAGUCCUUGAAUUAUAAGGUUAUUGUACGGGUUAAUUAAAAAAUAAUUAAAGAAAAGAAGACUUUCAUAGGAUAUCUAUAUUAUCUGCCUGAGAACAUUGUGAGGGAAUUUACAAUUGCUCAAGCAGGCAUUUAGCAUAGUUUAAAGAUAUGAUUAAGACAGUGUUCAGUAUCUGGAACUAGCUCACCACAAACAUAGAUGAAAUAUAUAUACACACGUGCAUGGUUUAAGCCUGAGACUUGCUACCCCAUAAACACAAAUUGGUAUACACACCAUGUUUAGAAUGGAUAAAAGGUGAAAUACAACCACCUCUCUUCUGAAGCCACAUGUAACUAUUCUCUCACAUAAUUAUACACUUAUAAUAUGCAACUUUUUUUGGUAGCUUGGAUUUAAUUUAGUAUGGACCAUUACAGAAUACCUCAUAGCUAUUGCAUGUUUUUUUAUGAUGCUGUAUAGCUAUAAUUUCAAUGGUGUCUUAUUCAUGCUGUUAAGAAGCCUACCUCAACAAAUGUUUGCAACUGUUGUAGACUAUAAAAUACAUUACUGGGUAUUGAAAGUUUUAAUAUAAAUUCCUUAGUUACAGAAAUUCAUUAUUGGCUAGAUCUUCAGUAUUGUUAGUAAAUAUCAAUAAGGGGAGUUUUGCUGUGUUCCUAGUCAUAUUGGCAUUGACUAGCAAAUAAGGUAGCAAAGUCUGCCAUUUAAACAUGACCCCGACUGAUUACUAUCCAAUACAAAAUUCAGCCUUAUUUACAUGAUGGAUAGCUAUACAGUAUACAACACUAUAUUCCAUACCAUCAAACACAAUGUUUUAUGUGGGCUGCCUCCAUGCUACCAGAACCAAAAUGGGUAACUUCAUUAAACUAUUUUGUUAUUGGCCACACUAGGUUGACUAAUGGAGAAGAAGUUUGCCCAUUUUUGUCCAAAUUGUCCUAUUUCAUUCAAAACUUUGAAUAUCUGAAUUUCAUUUUUGAAUUUCCUGAUAUCAAGGAUGGUCAUAAAUCGUUUCUCAUCGAUUCCCUUAAUGAAUGACAUUAGGUUCACUUCUUUUUUACUUUGAUUCAUUCAGUAUGGCUAAGCUUGCAUCUUCCUGCUCUCGUAUUGGGAACUUGAGUGCUGAACAGUACUAUAUAAUCUAAGAUACCUUGAUUGUACCUGUAGCUUGAAUAGUGCUUUAUAGGCAUACUGGUAUAGUUUUUUUUGUUAAUUACUUACUCUCAAGGGGUAGAGUUUCAGCAAGUUCAAAUAUUGCAGAUGUUCUAUGGAGUAUGUUUUGGCACCUCUCGCUGCCAUUUUGUCAGUCAGUCUUGCUGUCUUACUUUUAGUAAUUCUCAGCCUCAUAUUAUUACUCUCUUUGCAUUCUACUCUUUUUAAUUUGAAUUUACUACAGGUAUUACAAUACCAUGCUUCAUUUAGUGCAGUCGAGUCACAGACGAAAGGUUUAAUUCCUGUGGCAGGAUAGAAGUGCUUGGGCAUUACAACUGAUUCUUUUGUUUACCUACAUAGGCUCAUCUACAUUAUUUACUGUCUACAGAAGCAGUAUGUAGGUACCCAUGGAUGUGGAUAGCUGUUUUGCAUUGCAUUGUGGGGGAAGGACCCCACUAGGCCAACCCUAAGGGGACCUCGAUAACCAAACAGACUUCCUAGUACUGUCCGCAUCUAUGGGAAACUGUGUACAGUACAGUACUCAAGUUACUGUCUUAUAAACUGGAAGCACUUGGUCAUUUUAGAACCACUGUAUACAAAGAAAAGAAGAACAUUUAUUUUUGAAUGUGCUUUAUGAGCUUCAUUAUAUUUGCAUUACCAUAUACAUUAAUGUUAAGUAUGUCUACACACAUUUAACCUUACGGUUUAAUAAAAUUACAAAUACAGUACUGUAUUACAACAAUAAUUAGGAAAAUUUAUAUUACUAUAUGAAUUUUCUUGACAAUGAUGGUUUGGCCUGUUAAUGAAUUGGUAUUGAACAACAUAUUUAAUUACUUCAUUGACUUGGUACAGUAUAUAAAAGCAAAAUUGCUUAGAUAUAAUGAAAAAAAAAACAUAAAAAUAAAUGUUAGAGAGUGAAUGCACAUCCAUCUCGUCAGCACCUGGGAUUUCAGGUCUCGAACUGAUAGAUCUUUUAUUUUACACUUGUGUGUUAUGUACUUCAGCUGUCCUUCCUUCACUUUACCAUAUAUUAUGUAUAUUUUUGUAUAACCUUUUUAUUUUGAAAGUAAUACUUUGGCUCUAGAAUAUAAUUCUUUAGUCACAGGUAUGCAUAUUGCAGUAGAUAUACAAAUGCCUAUUUGCAAGGAAUACAGUAUAUUCAUUAGAUAGUUCAAUUGAAGAGGAGCCAUCAUUUGUGCCGGCAGGUCAGCCUGUCUAAAUGCUUGUUGCAUUGGUGUAUACAAAUGUGGUCAUGAUUAAGUGGGAGAUUGACAAGUUGUUUUGGUACGUACAAAAUAUGGUCUUAGUUCAGUGAGUUAAAUAUUUUCUGAGUUGAUUAAUGCAAAAUUUUUAAUAUACAGUACUUUAGUUGAAUUGGUGAAAGACGUUUUUUCUGGGUUCUUGAUACAUUAGUAAAUUUAUUAUUGGUUCAAAUAUAUGUUUUAUGAUAUUUAAGGGUUCUUUUGUGGGGGAAAUUCUUAAUAUCAUACUGAAAGUUUAAUGAAUUUUACAGAAUCAUCAGGCUGAGCAUGGUGCCUUUAAUUUAUUAAUAUUGCAUUCAAUAAUAAUUUAUAUAAAUCAUUUUUAUUAUUUGUUAAAUUAUAUGUAGCAGGAUUAAAUUUUACAUGUGAAAAAUUAAAUUAUGGCAUUUGUAUAAUAAAUGACGUAUUUCACAAUUAUUUAUCUUUAGAAAUAAAAAACAUUCAUUUGCCAUAUUCAAUAAUUUUGUUGUAAUGUGUGGUUAUUGCUGAUUUAUAUACUUACAGUACUGUACCAGUGUGUAUUCACACAUUUUAUUUCCUUCAUUUGUUAUUUAUUGUUUCAAAGCAAUAUCUGGUAAUUCUGUAUUUCAUCAACCUUAUAUUUUUACAGUAAAAAUAUAUAGUGCUUCCGUAAAGUAAGUCAGAAUUUUGAGCAACCAUUGUAUAGUGUUAAUGUCCUUGUAUUCUUAAUGGAAUUCAAUACAAUUUAUCAAGAUUUUUAUGCAGAAUUCACAAACUUAAUAGUUCAAAUACAGCAGCAUUUGUUAUUGUUUUUCUUAAUAUCUUUGCCAAGGAACUAAUAUAUGAAUGGAUAAUUAUGUUUUCAACUAUGGAAGUUUAGUUAUUUAUUUUUAAAAGGUUACACCACUGAAAAAUGUUAAGCUAAAUUAAUCUAGUUUUGUUUUUUAUUUGUUUACUGUAAAGCCUCAGCUUUUCACAUUUAGUUAUAAUAAAAAAUUGAAUUAAUAUUUACAAACAAAUUUUCAUCACAUUUUAUAUACUGUCUACGCUCAGUAAUCCAAGUCAUAAGGAGCCCACCCCUAUUUGAGUUAGCCGAUUUUUUAGCCAGUUAUGUCCAAAAAUGAACACAUUCUAAUUUAUUCAGGUUUCUCAUUCAGAAGUAAUUGCAAUAACCCAAAUUUCUGUUCAAGUUGAAAGUCAAGCACAAGCACUCAAAUUUAUUCAGAUUUCUCAUUCAGUACAAUCUUUUUAUAAAAUCUUUUCUUUUAAAUUUUUUUUCAGGUUAUGUCAUUACUGUAUUAUGAAUUCAUUAUUAUGAAUUAACCCAACAACUUGGUUAGGUUAAAAGGUAAAAAAACUUGAACAUGAAUUCAUUCCGAGAUUUUCGUUACAGCUUAUUACUGAGCUCUUACAGUAUAAUAUUAAUCACAAGUAUAUUUUAAGCAUAUUAUGUUAGUUAUUACUAAAAUAUCAAUGACAUUGUCAGAAGGUAAGAGAAGUUACUGUCAACUUACCACCUACCACUAAUUUCUCAUUUGUUAGGUUAAUAGAAAAUUGGUCUUGUAACUAAUGCUGGGGUUUGCAUUUUUGUUAGUUUAUAAUCCAAUGACUAUAUUUGUUAAUUAAUAACUUGUUAAUCCUUCCAACAUUAUUUUUUCAAGUACUGUAUAUGCAUGUUGAUGGUGACUGCCAGUUGCACAAAUUAGGUUUAGGAUGAAAGGAAAUAUGGCCAACUAUUUUUGUCCCACCAGGGUAUUAAAGAUAUCUACUCUGGAUUCAUUUUAUAUACAUAAUUAAGUCCUGUGUUAUUAGGUAAUUAAAGAAGACUGUAAAAUUUGAACUAGAAACUGUUUUACAUUUUUUUUAAUUUUGUGAUCAAGCUUUAAUAAAAUAUUCAUUAUCAUAGGUUUGAUUUGCACAGAAUGCUAUUAUAGUUUUGGGAUUGUGGUUUGACAAUUAGGUGCCACCUGUUUUCAGGAUUUCUCUGUUUAUUUGUGAAGUUCAAGUGAUGUUGGCGGGUGGCCAAUUCUGAGCUGACUGGUGUUGCGACAAAAUCUUAAGUGACUGCAGCAGGACCUUUUGUGGAGCAGGGCAGUGUUCAGGGGUCAGUCAUAAUGAAGGCUUGACCAGGUAUGGUAGUAACAAUUUUGCAUGAUAUGAGCUGCAUGUAGAAUUAUAGUAACGUAGUUGAGCAUUUGUUGAAAACUAAAUAAAUGAACUCUGGUAUAUCCAUGUGUAAUUGGAUGUCCCCCCCCCCCCUUUAUGCAUAGAAAUGUUAAUAAAAAUUAUUAUUAUGAAGAAUGUGUUUAUUGAAUGUUGGCCUUUGACACUACAAAAAUAUGAUUUAAAUGUAUUCAACAAAAGUUGUAUUAGAUUUUUUAAUGGCAAUUAAAUUUAGUUAAUGCAUUUAGCAUCCUCAGUUCUUGAUCAUACAAGAUAAUUGUAUAAUGGAUAUACUGUAAUUUAAUUGCCCAGAGUCGUUCAUUUGAACAUGACCUGCUCUUCUGCUGCAGUUUGUAAUCCUAGCCAGACCUACAAUGAUAUUUUAAUAAUAUGUAUUUAAAAUAUAUCUUGAUCCCCAUCACAGCAGUUUGUAUUAUAAGUUGAUGCUGCUCCAUUCAUUUCAUUAGUUCCUCUGCUCAACACUUCCUGCCCUCUGUGGGACUGUCGCCAGACUUCUGGACUUCACUUACACAUUGCCAUUUUUGUAUUAUAGCUCACUAAUGCUAGUUCAGUAUGUACAGUGCUCAGAGACUUAAUUUUAUAAUAAACUCUUAAAAAGUA